UUUUGUAUUUUACCCUUUUUUUUUUCCUUCCAAGAACGAGGAGAAAAAUGGCGGUUUGUUCUUGCUGUUAUCUCACAUUCUCGUUAUCCAAAUAUCUAAGGUUUGAUCAACCACCAAAGAACCUCAUCUCAAAUCCUCAGUUGCGUGUUUCCUCUGCAACCCAUCUCAGCUUCAGAUCGUCCUUUACCUUCUUCACUAGCCACAGACCCAAAUUCCAAGUCAAAUAUCUUGACCGCUGCAACCUCUCUCGUUAUAAUCAAAUUCAGUCGAUGUUUACUGGAAUUGUCGAAGAGAUGGGCGAAAUCAAGCAACUGGGUUUCGUCAAGAACGGCGGGUUUGAGAUGAAAAUCUCAGCAAAAACAGUUCUUGAAGAUGUCAAGCUUGGGGACAGCAUCGCCGUCAAUGGCACCUGCCUCACCGUGACCGAAUUCGACAAGGAGACGUCAGAAUUCUCGGUGGGUCUCUCGCCUGAGACCCUCCGGAAGACUUCACUCAUUGAGCUUGUUCCGGGUUCUCUCGUUAAUUUGGAGCGAUCCCUCCAACCGUCUACUCGUAUGGGUGGGCAUUUCGUCCAGGGCCACGUUGAUGGAACUGGUGAGAUUGUUUCCAUGGAGCCAGAAGGAGAUUCUCUGUGGGUGAAGGUUAAAACGUCGCCGGAGUUGUUGAAGUACAUUGUGCCGAAAGGGUUUAUAGCUGUGGACGGGACAAGCUUGACUGUCGUCAAGGUGUUUGAUGAGGAGGAAUGCUUUAAUUUCAUGUUGGUUGCUUAUACACAGCAGAAGGUAGUCAUUCCUCUGAAGAAGAUUGGGCAGAAGGUGAAUUUGGAGGUGGAUAUACUUGGGAAGUACGUAGAGAGACUCCUUAAAAGUGGGUUCACCAGCUCUUUUGCAUCCUCGUGAUCAAAGGGACAUCUAUAGGCCGACUAAUCUGCAAAUCUUGCUUUUGUUGGUCCUAUCUCUCUUGCUGUAACUAAAGGCGGCAAUGGUUGACUGACUGGUUGGGUUACGGGGCUGGAUUGUUACCAGGUUAUUAACAGCCAAAAAAAAUCCCAGCCUGUUAGUUGUGAUCUUCUAUAAAGAAAGAAUGUGGUGGAAACUGAAUUGAUCCUCGUUUGAAACUGGAUUCACUCAAAUAUGAUCCCAUUUUGAAUGGAUGAGAUUAGCCAUCCCAAACCUGGAAUAACCAAGAAGCAGUUGGUUGGUCAUGUCAAAAUUACCACUCCCCACUUACAGAAUCAAAUGUGUAACAGUGAUAUCAUGUAAUUCUUAUUAGUCCAUUGUUCUGCUUGUUAUCAUGGUGUUGAUGAUUGCAAUUGCAUCUGUCAA